AUGUGUUAGGACCGUGAAGUUAGCCGCACAGCUAUAUGCAGAUGGGGAUUUCUUUCUUAAGAAAAUAUAAUAAUAUUGUAAGGAGAUUAUCGAUGUGGCUCUAUUGCUUGUGCGAAGUAGUGAGUUGCUCGAUAAUUUUUGGACUUGUUUCACCUGGUAUACGGUCGCCACCUGCUUGUUGUGUACAAGCAGGAAAAUACUUUGAGUAUAUUUGUUAAUACAAGUGGAUAUCACUUGAUUACCCCUGCUACAGAUAUUUCCUGGCUGAGAUUAUUGGAGCUGGUAAUUGAUUGGUAACACUUUUUUAUUAAUUUAAAUACACUUGAAUUUUAUUUUUAUAUAACUAAUUUAACAAUAUGUCGCGUUGUUAAUGCGGAGCACAAUCACGCUCUACGUUUACAAUUGCGUUUCGCAUUUUAAUAAUAUUCGCAGGAGCUCUCUGUUCGCUAAAGCUGUGAAUUCGUAACUGGUCGUUUAAAAUGCGUUUGUCCCUUUGGAUGUGGUGCUCUUUGGCCUCAUCCAAGGGGAUACCUGGAUCUCCUUACACGCCCGCCUGCCAAGAAAAAACGUCGAAUUUGUGGACUUCUUCUUGGCGCUUCUCCAAGGUUUUUCUUUGGCACUCUCGUAGGGACGACUACUGGACGACAACAGGAAGCGACAUAUCCUCACAAACGCAAAAGCAGCCAGGGUUGGAAAUUCGGGAGUGAAUGGGGUACAGGUUUUCACACACCUCUGCUCUUCUCCUUGGUCGUCGUCGCCUGGACGCUCAGCAGGAUGAUGGCCAGCUGUUCCAGUGUGAAGCCCUUCUCGUCGAACUCUGGAUCCAGCUGCUUAAUUUUCCUAGACAGUGCUGCUCGCUGAUUCCUUCUCCUUAUUCGCUUGGAUUGGUCGAAUGCCUUUUGUUUGCCAGUUUUUUUAUUAUCUUUCCUGUGCCGUCUCUACGCCAUGUGGGAAUUAUCUCCAUAAUAAUUUCACCUAUUUUGCAGGUCGUGUACAUUGGUGAAUUCCUGCUAAAGCACUCGUCAUUUGCAUCAUUGGGGCUCGUCGUCUAGGAUUGUGGCAGUCCUAGUGGCUGUGUCAUCGUUAAUGGUAUUACUGGGUGAUUCUGCACAGGCCCUGUGACACUUAGAGUGUCUUUCUCUACUUUUGAGCCACUAUCAGCUCCUGUGAAGUGUGUGCUGGUGUAAUGUCCCACGUUUAUACUCUUAAAUUAUAUAUUUGUACAUCCUGCGAACAGGCAAUCAUGUGAGCACGUAGAGAGUGCAUACGACUCGCAGGUACAUCCGACUGCGACAUUGCACAACCAAGCGCCGAAAAUCGGAGCGAGUGCUCUGACCUCUGUGUCAGCACUCCUCGUGCGCGUGAAAGACGACAGCAAGGCGUACGCGUCGAUCCUUUGUGGUGAAUGCUGAUUGGACUGAUUUCAUAACUGCGUGAAUCGGUGUCGAGGCUUUAAAAACCCCGUAGCCGAUCCACGCAGUGCCUUUUUGCGUAGAGAUUUACUCACUGGCGGCUACAACUGAUUCUAAGGUGAAGUGGCGGUGUUUGCUAGUGUUAGUGUUUGAAGCGUGCUAAAUCCGUCCAACACCUUGGGAGCAUGCUAAAUCCGUCCCUUAGCAUAGAAUACACCGACACCGGAAAGCCCUUUGAAUACAGAUCAGUACCACAGAGAGAAUAACAAGCUAAGGACCGUCGAAUGGAAUCUCCGGCGUUAGCAAGAGUAGUUGACCAUCCUCAUUUUAAAUUGCCACGUGAACGCGUGUAGAUCGUACAGUCAGCAUUUGCCACAAAGGGUGAUUAGAACCAUCUAAAGUGCGCAGGAUUAUAAUAAUAGUAAGUUGUUAAGAUAAAUCAUAGCUACUUUACAAUUAAUAACUAAAUACGACUGUAAAACGACAACAUCCUAAGCUAAAUAUAGCGAAACUCCGUCAACUUUGUAAACUGAACGUCUGUGAAGUGCUCUGGGCCAAUAAAAACAUAACAAUCAAUAUAAAUAAAA